UACCCAUUUUAAAGCGGAAAUGGAUAACAAUUAUCCCAAAAGUCUGGUGGAUCAUUACCUAAAGGUAUCCGCAAAGCUAAAGAAAAUUGAAAAGGCCAUGUUCAAACGUUUUGGUCCCAAUGUUUCAGAAGUAAUGGAUGAUUAUGCUCGCCUGGCCAUAAAGUUCGAGGAAGCUGGUAUUUACCAAUAUGCGGCUAUGUGUCAGUUGGGUGUGGCCAAAUGUGAAAAUUAUCUACAAAAUUCCAUGGCAGAAUGUCAAGCUCUACUAAAAGCUGCCCGACUUUUUCUUAGGGCCCAUGAAGAAAUGGAAUCACUGCUAUUGAGAUCAAAUCGUCAGGAAUAUCGAGAGACUGCAUUGCAUUGUUUUACACAGGCUAUUGAUAAGUCACCGGAUGACAGUGUCAUUAAGGCUGCAAUUAUAAGAGAAAUGUCUCCGCUACAGCCCCAUUAUGAGGGAACAAGUUCAUUUAAUUCACCGGCCCAUCGCAUCUAUGAACUGGAAUUGGCCACGGAACAAAGUGUUAUGAAUCGUGAUUUCCUAACAGCUCUACAGCAAUUGGAUGAUAUUGUCGAUAAUAUUUACGAGCGUAAAAAGCAAAAUCUUUACCAAGAAGUAUUGGCCAAAUCUGAGGUAUAUCGUAUAUUGCUAUUGGUAGCAUUAACCUUACCACCGGCUCGACAGACACCCGCUCACAUUAAACUAAUUGAAUUCUAUACACAAUUGGCAGAAUUCCAACAGGAAGAAGAUAUUUGCCCGAGUCCAUCACAGUCGCCCUGCAAGUCGGUACCACAAUUGUAUGCCUCAUGGCGGCCGGGUUUGUUUUUGACGCAAUAUCAGAAAUAUGCCUUAGCGGAAAUAGUAUUGGCAUGGCAUUUGUCUAAACCGCGUGAACUUCGAGUAGCCUUACAAGAGUUCCGUCAUAGCUUUAGUUCCCUGAAUGAUACACAGCGGUAUCUUAUUAAUUGUAUAAUCGAAAAAGUCGAUAAAAAAUGUUAA